AGUAGUGGAGGACAGAGGUGCCUGGCGUGCUCUGGUCCAUGGGGUCACGAAGAGUCGGACACGACUAAACAACAACAACAACAACAUCAUCAUCAGCUGUGUUCUGCUAAGGUGAAACUUCAGUAAGAAAAAUAGAAACUACAAACAACAGUAAUGAACUGAAUCUUUCAUUUCACCACUAGAUGCCAGUAUAACAGCUUUUAGAUAUCUCUUACUUUUCUAGCCAGGUGGUUAGGCUAGGAACUGUGAAAAAGCCAGGUACAGUAUUCUCAAAAGGUCAUUCAACUACCUUAAUGCAUUUGCCCAGAAAUGUAUCUGGACAUUAAAUGUCUUCAGAUGGGGUCUACAGCAGGCCUUCCUAAUUUGUGGCUCUCUAGAUGUUCCUGGACUAGAAGUCUCAUCAUCCUUGAGUCUUGGCCGUGCUGCCUGAGGCUGAUAGCUGUUAAGAGUCCAUAUGGAGUGCCACAGAUUAGCUAUCUGUGAUUUACAGCAAAAAAAGACCCUAACAGGUUGCACUAGCUUUGAAACUGUCCUUGCAAGAUCAGUGGGAUAGAAAUGCUUUGUCUUUAAAUGUUAAACCCUUGCUUUUUUCUAAUAACCAGUUAUAUUUGUCUACCGCUUCUUAAUCUAAGUGUUAAACAGUUAAAAUGUGAUAUUGGAUACAGACAUGUAUUGCAGGUUAAACAUGAAAAUCUUAGCAGCAUGUUGAUCGUUUGUAUUAGAAUUUAACUUGCAGCUUAAUGUAUUUGAGCAUGCAGAUGGUUAUCACAACCCUUACGUUUUCCUGUUCUUAUAUUUUGAGGAUAUAUGUCCUUAAUACAGUUUAGUAUGAUGGGCAAUAUUUGCAAAAUUUAACAUAUCCCUGAUACAUUGAGAAUUCUGGAACUUCAUGGGGAUCCCAGAGUUGAUCGAGGGACAAGAUUUUAAUUAAUGGUGGCCAAAUUCCUAAAUAUACGCUGCAUAAUUUUCUGCAACAUCUAGUGUUUGAUUAACCUUAAAACUGCAAUGAAGAGAAUGAUGAUUGAUAGCACUGUCUCCAUUCAUCAGAGCCAACAAAAUACUUGUUAUUGUGCACCAAAAAUGAUAAUUAACAAGUCAUAAAAUGGGGAAUGGAUUUAUACAUUAAAGGCAAUAAGCACAAAACACAAUAUAACAAUAUUAUUUUCAAAUCACAGCAAACUUUUGAAUUGAGUUAUAAUUUCCAGUACAUGUAACAGGAAAUAAGCUGGAAUGAAAAAGGCUUGCUCAAGAACAAACAAUUACUCCGAACCCAGGUGUUCAAAGCAAAUCCAGCUGAUUUAUCAGUAGUGUCAGAUGGACUCUCUAGUAUGUGCAUGACAGUUGUGCAACUGAGUAACAGCAAUCUUGAUGGCAAAAGAGAUAUUACUACCUGAUGAAAUAAGUUCAUUUAAUUAGUAAUACCAAAAUUUGGUUUGAGUGCUAAAUUCUCUGCAGAAAAUGUAUGAAUGAAGAUUACUGUAAUCUCUGAAAAUAUGUUUUGGGACAAUCUUACACAAAUGUAACCCAUGCUUUGUUAAAACUGCCAGGUUUUUUCUUCUAACCCUAUGCACUUCAGGGAAUUAAAACAGGAAGUGGUCAGUUGCCAUAACUAAUUCAUAUUUUUAAAUAUGGAUCUUCCAAAAUACCGAUGGAUCAUCAUCUUGUUCGGCUUGUAAAGCUGUUUUUGUAUUACUAUAUUAGAAAAUAAUUUUAUAUUCUCAGAGGUGGAAUGAAGAGAAUAUUAAAAGAUGGCCUUUCCUUUUAGCAAUGAGUAGCACCUUUUUGUUAGCUUGUGAGUUGCCUUACAGAACUACCCCUUUCCUUCACAGGCCUGUGAAAUUUUGUGUCACAUUUUAUUUAAAUCAAGUUGUUCAUAGUUUACACUUCUGUAUUUUCCCACAGUGGAUAAAAUGUAAAAGUAUUUUCCUACCUACAUGCUCAAGUGUGAAUCCUGCCAGAGAUAUUUUUUUUAAUGAGAGAGAACCUUGAAUUAUGCUGGAAAUAGAAACCAAAGCUAAGCAUCCAUUGGGGAACACCUAGUUGCCUCAGAAUAACCUAACUAUGUGUGUACAUAAUGUGAUUCUCAUGCAGGAGCACUAGAAAGGAAACACUGUUCAGCUACUUCUGUAUGGCCCAGUGUUGUUUCACUGAAAUAAAACAUUUAUGAGUGUGCUGCAGGGCAGCAAACAAACUUAAAGCCAGCUCAGUUCAUUGAUGAAUUGGCUUUCCGUUUUCUUCUUUUUAUUGCUAGCUUCCUUCUCACCUUUAUGGUCUUCUUCCUCUGCUGUCUUUAAUCACUGUCCUUGUUUUGUGUUUUUCUCAGUUCCCCCCCCCAAAAGUAACUGAAUACAGUACUACAAAAGUCAAAGAAAAAUAUGCUCAUUUGCACAGCUGUAAAAAUAAACCUCCUGAUUACAGCAUGUGUUUUUCUAGGUGUAGAGUUACUUGAACUGGAUAGCCAAAAUAUUUCUUGGCUUGCUUUGUCCAGGAUUGUUAGGAGGGUUUUUGAUUUUUGCUACUUGCAUGGACUAGUGCAUUGCACACUUUGGGAGCUUGCAGCUUAAAAAUAAGUCAGAAAAUUCUUGGACUAACAAUUUCUAUCCCUUCAUUGGAUGUCGGACAAGUGGUGGCAUCUGCAAAGCCAGAAAAGGAAAGGCUUGCCUUAUACAGACAGCUCUGUGCAAUGACACAAUGGCUCCGAUAUAAAGUGUUGCUUGACCUGAGCUUGGAAGGCAAAGGAACAAAGAAACAACAAGUGACAGUUUUUGAGAACCGAAGAAGCAUUGAAGUCCCCUUAUGAUGGAUAAAUUUAAGGCUGCUCUGUUGCUGGCAGGGGUAGGAGACGCUCUGGGCUAUCGGAAUUUCACGCGGGAAAAUAAUGCAUUAGGUGCAAAGAUUCAAGGGGAACUGAAAGAAAUUGGAGGACUCGAGAACCUGGUCCUGUCAUCUGACAAAUGGCCAAUCAGUGAUAAUACUCUUAUGCACAUGGCUACAGCUGAGGCUCUCGUCACAGAUUACUGGUGUUUAGAAGACCUAUAUCGGGAACUUGUAAAACGUUAUGUGGAUGCUAUUGACAAACUUCCUGGGAGACGGUCAGAUCCUGCUACUAUUGAAGGCUGCUCCCAACUGAAGCCAGACAACUAUCUCCUGGCUUGGCACACACCAUUUAAUGAGAAAGGUUCAGGAUUUGGAGCCGCUACAAAGGCCAUGUGCUUAGGGAUGAAAUACUGGAAGCCUGACAGGCUGGAAACUCUCAUCGAAGUGAGCAUUGAAGUUGGAAGAAUGACUCAUAACCACCCUACAGGGUUUUUAGGAUCACUGUGCACAGCUCUGUUUGUUUCAUAUGCAAUACAAGGAAAGCCACUGGUGCAGUGGGGAAGAGAAAUGAUGAAGGUUGUCCCAAUGGCUGAAGAAUACUGCAAGAAGACGAUUCGGCACAUGGCAGAAUAUCAGGAGCAUUGGUUUUACUUUGAAGCAAAAUGGCAAUUUUACUUGGAGGAGAGAGAAAUCAAUGAAGACAACCAGAAUAAACCCAACUUUCCUGACAAUUAUGAUGCUGAGGAAAGAGAAAAGACUUAUAGGAGAUGGAGUUCUGAAGGUCGUGGUGGAAGGAGAGGUCAUGAUGCUCCCAUGAUUGCAUAUGAUGCUCUCUUAGGAUGUGGUAGUGAUUGGACCGAGCUCUGCAACCGGGCAGUGUUCCAUGGCGGUGAGAGUGCAGCAACUGGAACUAUUGCUGGCUGUUUGUAUGGCUUGCUUUAUGGUCUCAACAAGGUUCCUAAAGGCUUGUACCAGGAUUUUGAACAGAGGGAGAAGCUAGAAAACUUGGGAGAGGCUCUCUUCCGACUGUCUUCAGAGGAAAACAGAAGUAAAGGUACAAAGCUGGGCAGUGAUAAGGUGCUGGUUGACCCCAUAGUGCUGAAGAAGAAGCUCAGUAAGAUGUCCACAGAACUAGGUGCAUUUGCUGUCCUCAGCAGCCUUCUACUUUACCUCACAGACCUCCUAUCCAGCCAACCCCAGGUCGAGAGCAAGAAGGCCAAUUGGCUCGAAGGGAUAGAGAACAAGGUGAACUUGAGGCGCGAGUGCCAUAGCGCACAUGGCGGCAUUCGUCCCACCAAAUUCCAGCUUCUGCAAUCGAGGUUCAUGAACAACAACCGCGAGGCCUACAGGAAAAGGUCGAGAGAGGUUGGCAAGCUGGUCGUUAAAGAAAAGCAGAACAGAAACGGGCUAAACUCCAUUGUAAGCAAGCUGGACAAAAGCUCCUCAAAGGAAGGAGAAAGCCCAGAGAUAACACCCCACGAUAAAGUCAAAUGGGUCUGCUCCACUGGGAAAAAUACUGUGAAGAAUAUCCUGAAGAAAUUCUUAGUUGCUGAGGAAAAAGAAGCUAAAGAAAGAGAAAAGCAGGUGGCUCCAAAAAAGAAGACACCAAACGAUAACCUGCCCAAGAUAAUCAACAAAAACUCUGUCUUGUCCAAACUGAAAGAAAAGUUUGAACAAAGCAGUAAUAUCUGUUCAGCCAUUGAGGUGAAAUCUUUGCUGCCAUGCAAAGGCGAGAGAAAGAGCAAAAAGGGCCCAGAGAGAAAAAAGAUUCGCAAACCUGAAAUAAGAGUGCUUGAAAGGAAACUGAGGACAACCACAAUUGUCAAUAGCCCUCAGCCUCAACAGCUGGUAUGCACAACUGUCCCUACACCUAAAUUCUGUGUUGCUACUGAAAUUAGUCACCCUUGGAGUUGGGCUACAAAUGCCAAAUCUGCCACUAAGCCUUCUGAAGUGGGGAGGCCAAAAGACACCCAGAAAGCACCUGGCAUUGGGUCUCAUGACAGCAGGAUACCAGAAAGCAUGGCACAUAAAGGGCAACUAGGAGGACAGUUGCAAAACAAGCAUCAUGAAAUGCCUAAGGUAGUGGCUGACAAAAAGGACAUUGUCGAGAGUAAUGUAAUUCCUACAAGCCCAGGUUCUAAUCAAGACAGUGUUCUUCCUUCACGUGAAAAUAUGUCCCUUGUUGAUUGCAUUCCUCCUUUAUCUAAGGACAGCUUAGAUCACAAAGAGAACAUCAUACCGCCUGUGGAUGACACCUUUUCCAGGUCCAGAGACAAAAAUGCAGCAAAAAUCAUGAGCAGAGAAAACAUACCUACUAACGACCUCCCUUCUAAUCCAGCUGAAGGAGUUCAUGCACAUAGUCACCAGGAAAUGAAAGAGGAUGGGAUUCCUGGCAUACCAGAAGGCAUGUUCAGGCCAAAGGAGACAGAAAUAGAAUUAGCAGAGCCUAUAAAAGAUCCCCCAUUCACCAGCCAAAAAUGUUUCUCUGAAAAGAAAGUGUUGGAAAAUAUUCCACCAUUUCUCUCUCCUGUAGCUCAGGCAUCUUGUAACAGAGAACCUCCAAUAAAGGACCAGCAAUCAAGUGUUGAACCUGCAGCUGUUCACAAAAUGCCUCCGCUUAAGCCAAGUCAAGAUAACGCACAAAGUUUGGGGAGCACGUUUUCUGACACGGUUCAGAACAAAGAAAAGCUGCCUGAUAAAGAGGAACUACCGGUAUUUCCUAGCUUUAACAAAAGCGACCAUGCGGGUAAAGCAAAAAAGGAGGUGCUACAGCCAUCAAGAAGCCAAGGUGAGCCAUCUGAUCAUCAGGCAGAAAGGGAGCAUUUGCCCAAGGAGCCACAAGCACAUCCAAAGCUGAGCCAACAAAAUAACCCUAGCUCAAACAUAUCAAAACAGACUAUAGAUCAAUCACACCAAACUCCUACUUCAAAUAGGAGCCAGAAAGACAACAAUGAUGUAAAAGGAAAUGAUUUUGAAAAAGAGCUUUGCCCUUUGACUGGCGAUUUAGAUAAAUCCAGCUGCGUUAGAGCAGCAGAGAAUACUAGCAAAGCCAAACUGCACUCAGAUAAUGAAAAGACAAAUUCUGAAAACAAGAGCAAAAAUAGUAGCUUGAGCCAUUUGGAUACCUCUCAGAGGCUGCCGGAAGAAUUCAUCAGCCACGAAACUGGCAAUCUGGAAAAUAAUCCUGCACCUCCUUCUCAAAAAUCUCACUCAUCCUCACUGACCCACUCAGCAAAUCCAGAAGGCGAUACUCCUGAAGUCGACAGACCUUGGUGCAGUGUCAGAAACCUCCAAACCCCAACAUCAAAUGCAGUGAAAAAGAAAGAGAGCUGUAUUGUAAGAGAUAAUGCAGCCAGUCCUAAUUCUGAGAAACACCACCUCCCUUCUCCAGCUGAAUUGCUGAAGCCCAAGGGGGCACCUGGGCAAGACAGCAAACCAACAACCAGCAAUUUGUGCAAUGAUUUAAUUAAGAGUGAAAACCAUGCUGUAGAAGUUGAGGGUAUGAGUCCCCAGACCAGGAAGUAUCAACCACCCUCAACAAAGGAGACUAGAAAGCGUGAAAUUAGUCCUGUAGGGGAGGCACGCCCCGCGCACAAUGUGGAGAAGCAGCAGGUGCCCUUAGGAAACAAAGCUGGGAAGCAGGGAAGCAGGAAAGUGAUGGCAGAAGUAAAGCCUGAGAAAAGCGGAUUUCCCUCCCCAAAUGAAACAGCAAAGGAGGGGAACAGUGAAGGAGGAGAAAGAAAUCUACUGAAAGAAGUACAAUGUCUAAUUCCAUCAUCUGUUGACAGAAAGGAGCAAGAUGACAAGGUAACAGAAGAGAAAAACUCUAUAGUGGGAGGUAAGAAGUUGGUGCGUAACUCCAAUAUGCCCCAGAAAUUAAUAAAAAGUGACCUUGCAGAGGGUGGUGGUGAAAGAGCAGGAUCCCGGCAUCUGACCCCACCAAAGCAUAAACCUAGCAGGCCGGGAGUGUUACAUUCCCCAGGUAACUCAAAAUGUCAAGCGCCAUCAAGAGAUCCAGAAAAAGAUGGAACUGUUGCAUCAAAAGAUGAAAACGCUGCAAAACACCAGCUCUCCACACUCAAAGAACCAGUGAAAUGUGAUGAUAAUGCUAACCAAAGAAAUGCCCAGGAUAGCCUUAAGACUAAGAGUGACAAAAUACCAUUAUCUGGCGAGAAAGUGAAACCAGAAAGCAAAUCGGGGAAGACAAAAGAGAACACUAGGAAUUCUGGGCAAAACCAGUUACCUUUGGAAAAUGAACUUCCAAAGAGUAAAAAGGCUGAGCCAAUGAAACCUGCAGCAGAGAAGUCACAGAAUCCAUCUUUAGGUGACUCUAGAAAUGGACUUCCAAAGAGUAAAGAGACUACUGUAAGCAAAUCGGGGAAGACAAAAGAGAACACUAGUCAUUCUGGGCAAAACCAGUUACCUUUAGAAAAUGAACUUCCAAAGAGUAAAAAGGCUGAGCCAAUGAAACCUGGAGCAGAGAAGUCACAGAAACCAUCUCUAGAUGACUCUAGAAAUGAACUUCCAAAGAGUAAAGAGACAACUGUAAGCAAAUUGGGGAAGACAAAAGAGAACACUAGUCAUUCUGGACAAAACCAGUUACCUUUGGAAAAUGAACUUCCAAAGAAUAAAAAGGCCGAGGCGAUGAAACCUGCAACAGAGAAGUCACGGAAACCAUCUUUAGAUGACUCUAGAAAUGAACUUCCAAAGAGUAAAGAGACUACUGUAAGGGAGAGAGGUACUUUGCGUAACCUUAAGGAACAUCAGAUACCAGCACCAAAUGAAUCAAAGACUGAGCCAGUAAAUCUUGCAGCAGGGGAGCCGCAGAAACCAUCCUUGAAUGACUCUAGAAACCAUGAGGAUAUUGCUAAGAAUGAAAAACGGUCUUCAUGGAAUUCUAAGAACCAGCAGCUACCCUUAUCAGAUGUGAAACAGGAGAGCCAUGAAUAUAGCGUCACAGCAGGGAAACAGCAGCAGCAACCACAACCACCAAAGGAUUAUGUCAAGCCUAAAUCUAGUAUAAGAGAUGGAAAGCAUACGCAUCAUAAAUCUGAGAAGUAUCGUCUUCCUGCCUCAGAUGAACUGGGAGUGCAUGAAAAGAACGCUAGUGAAAGGAAGGGUUCCUUGGCUCCACUUUCAAGUCACGAUAGGACCACGCAAAAGAAGGAAACACUAUGUGAGACUGAUACUGGUCCCAAAUUGGGCUCACCGAACAAGACAUGUCCUGCAGAACAGAGAAAACCACAGCGUAGUCCUCCUGGCAAGUACCAAACUCUGUCAGCAAAUGUGCUAUCAGAGCAAGGAAGUGGGGAAUCUCAAAAGCUCGGGGCUGGUGCAAUAAGUCAGAAAGCUAGAUCACUAGCCUUGGAAAAAUACAUAGCAGAAAGCUACAGUGAAGAACUAGUACCUUUGUCUAUUAAACCAAUGGUUGUUCGUGUGAUUGAUACAAUUAAGCUUGAUAACUAAAUGCAGUUCAAAUGACUGGAAUAUAGACCUGAAUUUUUCAUCCUCUGGCCACUGUGAUGGCAUUGAAAUCACACUGAGUUGGCUGUCCAUUGAUCAGUUUUGGAUUUUAGCGGUCAUUAAAAUUGGUGUCACCUGGAACCUCAAGUAUAUUACAUGUCAACCCAGAAUAAUCAGAAGCCAAUGAUUCACGUAUGGUAACUCUUAGAUGUAAUAACUAUGGGAACAAAAGCCAGGUCAAGAUAUGUGGCAGAAUAAAGUGGCCUCAUGCCACCAUAACACUUAUUUAUGUUAGAAAUAAACAGAUAAGCAGCACAGGAGGCAAAGACUAGGCUAGAACCUUUCUUCCAGAUAUGCUUAACAGAGGAAAGUUUAUUAAAACUGUGCCCCUCACCUGGGAGAUGGAAGUGAUUGUGUUUACCCUGCCUCCUCAAUUUGCUGCCUCCUGUUUCUGCUGUAUGGGAACCCUCAGCCAAAAUUAAGCACUUUUAAUGGGGGAGACUUAAACAGUAAAAACUAAAACAAAGAACUAUUGCGGCACCUUAAAGAGCAACCAGUUUAUUGAGGUAUUUCCAUUAAAGCCACAACUUCUUUCUGUUGCUCCAGAGGGCAGGGCAACAAGAAAUGGGUGGAAAUAGCAAGGAAGCAGAUUAGAAGACACUUCGUAACAAUAAGCUAUCUAACUGGUGUGGGCUGCCUUGGGAGAUGAUUUCUUUCAAUGAAGGGGUUGGGUUUUUUGUUGCAUUUUUUUGCGAGGGUAUAUUACAAGUCAAAGCCAUAAAACUACAGAUGAAAAACAAAACGGAAUACAGAGUGAAUGCAGGAAGGAGACAAUGUUACACCAUAAACAAGCAUCCUUAGAUAAGGUGGAGCUGACAAAGUAGUAAUUAUAAUUGUUAUUCUUUGUAAAAUAUUUUGGUGGAGGUUUUUCAACAGAGGCAGAAUCUGUCAAGGUUGCAGCAGUUCAUUAGUUGGGAACCUGUGGAUAUUGCCAGGCUACAAAUCACCCCAGACCACUGGCCAUGCUGCGAGAAGCAAAGUUACAGGGAACAAGGCAGAGGGCCUUCUCGGUAGUGGCACCCACCCUGUGGAAUGC